GCGGAAGUGAUCUGAUCUGUCGCUAAGUGGUUGUGGUAGGGAGCGCCGCUCCGUUGUUGUGGUGUUGAGCUGGGUUGAGCUCGUGUCUCUAGACACGGGUGUAUUUCGUUUCUCGGAGGGUUUAUUUUGUUAAAUAGCGCCUGCGGGGCGUUUAGAGGCGCAGACUUUAAUCCGGCGCGAUGGUGGCGGCGCUGAGCAGCGGGUGAGCGGCGGACAGGAGGCGGUGGGUGAGCGGAGGAGCGGCGACGGAGCGGCGACGGAGCGGCGGCUCGGCUCCAGCGGAUCUCUCGGAGAGACGCAGCGCGCGGUAAAGAUGUCCGGGAAGCACUUUAACGUGCACGAGGUCGGGUGCUGCAUUAAAUACUUCAUCUUCGGGUUCAACAUCAUCUUCUGGCUGCUGGGGGUGGCGUUCUUGUCCGUGGCUUUAUGGGCAUGGAGCGAAAAGGGAGUUCUCUCGAACAUCUCCUCCAUCACUGAUCUGGGAGGGUUCGACCCUGUCUGGCUGUUUCUGGUGGUUGGAGGGGUGAUGUUUGUGUUGGGGUUCGCCGGCUGCAUCGGAGCGCUGCGGGAAAACUCCUUCCUGCUCAAGUUUUUUUCCGUAUUCCUGGGGAUAAUAUUUUUCCUGGAGCUGACCACUGGAGUUCUGGCCUUCGUCUUUAAAGACUGGAUCAAGGACCAGCUCAAGUUCUUCAUCAACAACAACAUCAGAGCCUACAGAGAUGACAUCGACCUGCAGAACCUCAUAGAUUUUACACAGGAAUACUGGGAGUGCUGUGGAGCAUUUGGGCCAGAGGACUGGAAUCUGAACAUCUACUUUAACUGCACCGAUACCAACCUGAGCCGGGAGAAAUGUGGAGUACCGUUUUCCUGCUGUACAAAGGACCCUGCUGAGGAUGUGAUCAAUACUCAGUGUGGUUACGACAUUCGAGCUAAAGCUGACUCUGAGCAGAAGACAUUCAUCUACACUAAAGGCUGCGUUCCGCAGUUCGAGAAAUGGCUACAGGAGAACCUUACAGUGGUGGCCGGGAUUUUCAUAGGAAUUGCACUGCUACAGAUUUUCGGGAUUUGUUUGGCUCAGAAUCUGCUAAGCGACAUAGAGGCAGUGAGAGAGAGCUGUCUCUUUACCUGACAAACUGAAGCCACUUCACCCGCCGUCGACCAACACAGCCUCAUCUCGGUAUCCUGGCAACCAGCGAGGAGCAUCACAUUCAUAUUCAUUCAGAUACUUCCUCCUCUACUUUAUCUUCUCCAAAAGUGUUACCAUGACAACAGUGAUGAUCCAGAGACUCUGUCACUCGUUAAAUGCGGUGCAGAGCCUGGAAUAGAGAGACAAAGAGACAAGAAGUCAAUUCAUUGACGUCCCUGGCCCCUAUGUAAACAGAUGAAUGACUGCAUGCAGUACAUCCAGUGGCCACAAGAUGUCACUGCCGCUGUAGCAUUUAACCACAAACCACUUUAUAAAGCCGCCAUUUUUUUUUUUUUUUUAGAACUUAGAGAAAAGGGACAAUUCUUUCUGUUUAGAGGAAAUAUUACUCAUCAAAAACUUACAUUCGGCACAGUUUAUUCUAAAUAUAGUGGAUGAGCCACUAAAAUACAAGGUGUCUGACUUUUUUUCCCUCUGUUUUAAGCUGCAGCUAUGAGGCUAAUGUUGCUAAAAUGUUAUUUAAAUUGAACAAAAGUACAGGGAAAAAAAUCUGGCUUUAGGAAAGCUACUACUGUUUUAGUUUUCCCCUCAAAAUAUGGUUUUAUUUGAAUUGGAUUGAUUUAAAAGUCACAAAAACCCAAUCAGGCUGCUAAAAAAUGCCCUAUUAUCAAAUCUGAAAAUGAGAAAUCAGAUUGGAUUUGAAAUACUGUUACCUGCUGUGUGAACAUAGCCCCAAGAGAUAAUUUAAAAAUCAAUUUCACCUAGUUUCCCCCCAUGUUAACUUAGGGCGUUUUCACACCAGCACUACUUGGUCCGGUUAAAAGCUUCGUUUGUACCCUUUGUGCGGUUCGAUUGAGCAGGUGUAAAAAUAGUAAUUGCGCUCGGGUGCGGAUCAAAACAACUCCCAAUUGAACUCUUGCACGGUUCAGUUGUGGUGGGAACACUAUCUGGGCUCAAUCCGAACCAGCUUUCGAAUAUACUUUUUUUAUUAAGGAUAAACUGUUGAUAUAGCGCAGUUUAAUCUGAUAUAUUAGCCACAUAACACUAAUUACCACAGUGACCACAGCUUUGAACAAAUGCUGUCUCCAUGCUGCUCCAUGCGGUUUACACGCGCGGUCUGUUUAGCCUUCACUGCAUGU